AGCACUUUACUGAGUUACAAAAGUAUUUGAUCAAAUUGACAAGUCAUAGAAGAUAUAUUUCACACUCUGUACAUCGGCUGGAGCUUUAGGUGUACAAGUGAAUAUGAUUGGAAGCUCAUUUCCUUUUUAUCCACGUCCUAGGACAUCUUUUAUUUUUGACAUUAAAAGUAUUGAAAUCAUCACUAUUUGUGCGGUCACAGCAUGCACUUUUAUCAUCAUCCUGCCUGGAAUCAGGGGGAAAGUGAGAAUCUUCUGGCUUUUAAAGGUACUGAUAAGCCUUUUCAUUGGAUCUGUGAUCUUAGCCGUUAACUUCACUAAUGAUUGGGAGGUUGGAUCUGUAACUGCUAUAACCGCAUACAAGUCCUUCAGCAGUGUCAUGGUAAAUGCUAGCAUUGGCCUUCUGAUUGGUUUGAAAGGAAUAAACAUCACUUUGACAGGAAACCCUGUAUAUCAACUUAAUGAGACUAUCAAUUAUAAUGAAGAAUUUGACUGGGGAUCAGGAAAUAAAUUUGCAAAGGAUUAUCAGCAGAGUUUGGAAACAGGGCUUCCAAACCCAGUCUUAUAUGUUGCUGAAAAAUUCCUCAUAGAUAGCCCUUGCGGACAUCAUCAACAGUAUUGUAUCUCUGCAUACUAUACAUCAGCAAUAAUGUGGGUGGCCUUUUGUUCAUGGAUUAUCUGCAAUGUCCUGUUCUGCAUGCCAGUGCUACUAUAUGGAAUCUUCAUGAUGUUUGCAACAUCUUUUUGCAUACUACUUUCACUGCUCUUGUUUGCGAUUGUUAGACAGACGCCCUUAUGCAAAAUUCAGUUUGGCAGCUCUACUUUAACAACAACUUUUGGACUUUCUUUCUGGUUAAGUUUUGCAACAGGCAUCAUUUGCCUUCUCAUUAGCCUGAUGUUGCUAAUUAUACAUUGCAGAAGACCGCAGACACUGAGAUACUUUUUCAACUAUGAUAAGACAGGCAACAUCCCCAAACGGCCUAACAAAGAAGUCUACACCAUGGACAAUAAUGAAAGCAUAAAAUUACACAAGAUGUUUUGACUGGUUCUGCAAUAAACCAUGACCUCAAUGUCACCACUAUAUUGUUUUAAAGAAAACUCAACUAAACUUUUUUUUGUAAAGCCACUUUAUACGCCACUUUAUACUAGACAUUUCUUGUUUUUUAUGUAUGCAUUGUUGAAAUGUGCAAGAGAAAAGUGUUUUACAAAGAGGUAAUACAUUUCAAUUUACUGAAAUGUAUGUAUUUUCUGUAAAUAUAAAUAUAGGGACAGUAUUCAUUCAUGCACUAAAAUAUUUUGAUGUGAAUAAGUUUGUAAACACAGCAAAAUGCAAAUAAUUUAAAUUAUAUAAAAAUAUAAAUUAUUUAAGACUGUUAGGACUCUCAGACUUGUUGAAACAAUGCUGUGAAUAAACCAUAUAAUCAACUUGCAGAUUAGCUUCAUAAUAAAAGCAAGAGUUAUUUUAAACGUGAUCAACAAAAGAAAAAAAUAUGUUUUUGUUAACUUGUUAAAAACAUAUGAUAUCUGUACAUAUGUGUGUGCAAUCAUUCAAAUAUUUGAGUAUAUAACAUGUUUUCAAUUUGUUUGCUAAAAAAUCUGUGUAUCUUAUAGAUAAAAUGCUAACUUUUAUUUUGAAGUAGUGUCUUGCAUAUGUACAGUAAGAGAAAGAGAUUUUUUUUUUCCAGGCAACAGUGGUUGAGGAUUUGGUAGUAACCUAACUGGUGAGAGUCUAACGGCUGAUGGUAGUAUAGGCAAUUGUAUAACUAAUCACACAUUUGGAAGGGGGAGUCGCUAGCCUUUGUUCUGUUUUGUUCUUGAGUUGCAAGAUAGGCAUUUGGAUUCUAGAGAGGAGGGACUAAUGUAUCAGGUUUCUAUCUUUUCAUUUGGAUUCUAGAGUGGAAGAACUACUACAUUGGUUUGUAUGUUACUCAUUUAUGGUUCACAAUGUCUUCUACAAAUUUCUGCCAUGAACGUUGCUACCCUUUGCAUGUCUAUGGCAGGUGGCCACACCUCUAUUUGUUUUUCAGAGGGCAAGGGAAAAAACAUUAUAUUCAUAUAUCGUGGUUGAUUGAUUGUAACACAAAACUUUUGCUGUUUCUUUCUCUCUGAAAUUGCACUAAUUACUGGUUGUAUUACAAAAGAAAAGCAAUUCGAUUUGUCUUUCAAGCACUAAUCAUUUGUAUUACUUUAAAUCAAAUAAAGGCACAUUUUUCAUAA